AUGGCCCAGAAAUUGUUGUGCUACGUUUGCCCACCUUGUCUCGAAGGCAACCUGGAAUGGUCUGUCCCUCUGAAAGACUUGAUGUGGCCCGUGGUAGAGAGGGCUAUCACCACCCGCAAGAUCGCAGUCCCUCUCCGCAGCCAGGCUGCCGAAGCCGUCCUCUACUUUGCCGAGCGGGACUCUGUCCCGAUCCGUCAGUCGUCUGUUGCCCUGGCCAAAUCAUUGCUGCGAAAAUCAAUGUCGUACCAUCUGCACGCGUCCGUGAUCCUGUUCCAAAGCACACUGCUCCGUAUCGACGGCGAAUUCGUCAAGUCGGAAAGCAUCAUUCGUGACUUCAACAGGAUAGGGCCCAGACCAGCCACGAGGCGCGAUCAUGGUCUUCUUGGACGUCUCCAUGUAUCACUCGUCGAAACCAAGAUCAAAUUCUACGACAAGGACGUUGCGGCGUGGAUAUACAAGUGGGAAGCCCAACAACCACCGUCCAGCCUUGACACAGAAGUGACAUUCCGGCUGCAGAGUACAGCAGCGCGAUAUUUUCAGUCCAUUGGAGACUUCUCAGCAGCUCGCGAGUCCUUGAGCCAGUUCUUGUCACUGGGCAGCGCGAAGCCACUGCGGUCAAACACGCGGCGACUGCUUGUGGGGAGGUUGGCUGACGUGCACUGUGAGAUGAAGGAGUACGACAAGGCGCUCGAUCUCUUGCAGGACGAGAUUGACCAGACUGCUCCACCGGACCGGUCCCGACGCUGGUUUGCGAGAUUGCUUCUCGCCGGCGUCGAGGCCAACAUCGGACUGGGUUGGAUAGUGCACGCACAAUCCAUGCUGGAUGAGCUCGCAAGCACCGAACCCAAGGACCUCGACGACAUCCACGACCAGCAGCUUCAUAUACGUCGGCUCGUAGCUUCUGGCCGGAUAACCCAUGUUGUCUGUGAGUUCUGGCUACCAACCGUGACCACACUGUGGCUUCAGUGGAUUGCUGCAGACGUCUACCGAUUGCAAGUGUUCAUGCCGGCGGAGGCCGAGGCAAACAAAAAGACGCAUGUCGAGAAUGGCCACAAAAAUACUGCCGUGGCUGAAGUCGACUCAUCCAACUCGGACACGAGCAGUCAGCGUGCGACGAAGCCUGUCCCUCUGUCGUGGAAACUCGUGUCAGUUGUGCUCGUCACCUUCAUCGGGUUCGGCUCAAAAUGGAGCUCCGGUAUCACUGGUGCCAUGAAAAGCACCAUGAAGAAGGAGUUGAACAUCGACAACACUCAGUUCUCGAUCCUCGAGGCGAGCGAGGACUUUAUGGUCACGGCGCUGAUGAUGCUGAGUGGCGUCGUCACCGAUAGAAUCGGCGGAGCAGGUGCCAUGUUGUAUGGCAAUGCCAUCUACUCAGUCGGCUCCAUCCUCGUCGCUGCCGCUGCCCAGACACGCAACUACAAAUUCAUGAUUGGUGGGCGUGUCAUCAGCGCUUUAGGCGACAUUGCAACGCAGGUUGCCCAGUACAAGGUCUUCUCGUCCUGGUUUGCCCCCAACAACGGCUUCGCCUCCACGCUGGGGUUCGAGCUCGGCAUCGGGAAGAUUGGCGCAUUUGCCGGCAAGGCGUCCGCCAACAUUAUUGCCGAGCGAACUGGUGACUUCGCCUGGGUUUUCUGGGUCGCCGUGUUCAUGAACCUCUUCACCAAAGUCAUGACGGGGGUGUUCUACUGGUUUACAAGGCUUGCCAACCGCAAGUACCACGGCAUCAAUGACCCUGCGACGGGCGAGAAGCUCCAGGAGAAGAGCAAGACGCUUCACUUCAAAAAGGUCUUGCAACUUCCCUGGUCAUUCUGGACCGUCCUGGCCUUUUCUCUGUUCCAGACGAGCACGGCUGUCGUCUUUCUGCAGAACGCAACCGAGCUCGCCGAGCAAAGAUUUAGCACCAACUCCAUCACCGCAGGAUGGUACAGCGCCGUCACCCAGUACGCUGGCUUCUUCGUGGUUCCUCUGUUGGGGGUGUUCCUUGACCUUUUCGGCCAGCGUAUCUCAGCUUUGUUCAUUUGCGGCGUCGGCAUUUUUGCAUCCAUGCUUUUGGUCUGCUUCAGCGGCAACGUGAAAGGCACAGCUGCCUCCUUCGGCAUCUUUGCCAUUUCGCACUGCUUUGGACCUACGACCAUCAUAGACAGCAUCCGUACCUCCAUGUGGGACAACACGGUAUUUGGUUCGGCCUAUGCCGCCAAGAUCACCAUGAACAACGCCAUGAACAUCAUCGUUCGGGUGGUCACAGGUAGAAUCCAGGAUGCCGACAACAACUCGUAUAACAAGGUGACCAUUGUCUACGUCAUUCUCGCGGGGUGCUCUGUAGUUGUGUCGCUGGGCCUUACCCUGAUCUCUUGGAAGUCGGUUGACUUGCGGCAUUUGCAAUGGAGUCGCUCGAAGCGCAUUGCCCGUGGUGUGGAACUCAAUGAGCGCAGAGAUCUCUUCUUCGGGCUCAACAAGGCCACGAAUAUGAGGACAUCGCUGAUUUGCUUCGGUGCCCUGAUCGCACUGGUUCUUUGUGGUUGGUGCGCUUACUUCUGGGGUGUCGCAACGGGAAAUAGCAGCUAG